AUGUGCUACUACGGAAACUACUAUGGUGGCCUGGGCUACGGCUGUGGUGGCUUGGGUUAUGGCUAUGGUGGCCUGGGUUAUGGCUAUGGCUGUGGCUGUGGCUCUCGAUACACUUGCUACCGUCCAUGUUGCUAUGGAAGAUACUGGUCUUCUGGCUACUACUAA